UAAUAUGUUUUUAUUUUAGUGAGCAAUAUUAACUAUUCUGGCAGCAAAGGAACUUGGCAGUGAGCGCAAACAAAGAGCACAGCUAACAGCUAGCAAAGGUCUUUCAAUGGAAAAGCGGGUACAUGCGGCUGCUAUAUGGCUGUUAAUGCUGCUGCACGGAGCUGCUUUCGCUCAAGGCGAACGUACGCGCGAUAAGAUGUACCAGCCCAUUGUGGGCGCGGGCUGCUUUCGACGCUUGAAUGGCACCCAUCAGACUGGCUGCUCCUCCACACACGCGGGUUCAGUGGGCGUGUUGCAUCUGAUUAACGUCGAGGCGGACUUGGAGUUUCUGCUCGCCAGUCCUCCGUCGCCGCCCUACGCCCCCAUGAUACCACCCCACUUGUUCACCAGACGCAAUCUCUUGCGGCUGAUUGAGGCCGGGCCCAGCAACAUCUCAGUGGUGCUGCUGAUCAACAAACCCGAAAAGAUGAAACAGUUCUCGCACGAGCUGAACUGCCCGAAUCAAUACAGUAGUCUGAACAACAGCGAGACGUGUGAUGCGAGCAAUCCAGCCACCAGCUGGAAUCCCUGGGGAACGGGUCUGUUGCAUGAGGACUUCCCCUUUCCCAUCUACUACAUAGCCGACACUGAGGAAAUCUCCAAGCUGGAGAAGUGCUUCCUGAAGUUCAACAAUUUCAACUACGAGACGCAUGCCCUGCGCAGUCUAUGCGCCAUAGAGGUUAAGUCCUUUAUGUCGGCCGCCGUCAGCUCCGAGGUGUGCAUAAGACGCACCCGUUUCAUUAACAAUUUGAGCGGCAGCAAGUACUGCGAUCCGCUGGAGGGUCGCAACGUCUAUGCCACUGUAUAUCCGCGCAAUGUCUCGUCGGUUGAAGCAGAGGAAACUGAAUUGGCUAUAACCAGCGAAAAGUUCAUAUUGGUAACCUGUCGCCUGGAUACCGCCAGCAUGUUCGAUGGCGUGGGUCUAGGAGCCAUGGACUCUCUCGUGGGGCUGUCCAUACUAACGCAGGUGGCCCAUCUUCUCCGGGAGCUGCUGCCUCCUCAAAGCUCGCUGCCCGAUAACCGGCGUAAUGUUCUGUUCGUAACUUUCAAUGGCGAAUCCUAUGACUAUAUCGGAUCUCAGCGCUUCGUCUACGACGUAGAGAGAUUUGCUUUCCCCAAGUCGUCCGCUCGUCGCAACCUCAUCACGUUUGACAACAUUGAGUUCAUGCUGGACAUUGGCACACUGGAUGAUAUAGCGAACAUCAAGCUGCACGCCCUGAGUGGCACGCCACUCGCUCAGAAGCUGCUGCAGCAGCUUAACAACUAUGCCCAGUCGCCCCGCUAUGGCUUCAAUCUGAACAUCCAAUCGGAAAUGAGCUACCAUAUACCACCCACUUCGGCACAGUCUUUCCUGCGGCGCGACCCAAAGUUUCCGGCCCUUAUUUUGAAUGCAAAGCCAGCCAAUAAGUACUAUCACUCCAUCUACGAUGAUGCGGAUAACGUGGUCUUUAACUAUGGCAACACUAGUCAAGAUUUCACAUUGCUACCCGAUGUGGGCGACACCAAGAACUUCAAAGCUGAUUCUCUGCAGAUGAAAGUGCGCAACGUGUCCUCCAUUGUGGCCAUGGCGCUCUACGAGACGCUCACCGGUAAGGAGUACACAGGGAGCAAGGUGGCGAACCCCGUGCUGGCCGACGAGUUCUUCUACUGUUUCCUGCUGUCUGCAGACUGCCCGCUCUUCAAGGCCGCUUCCUAUCCAGGCAGUCCCAAGGGUCUGCCCAUGCCUCCGAUGCGGUAUGUAAGCGUGUUGGGCGGCCCACAAGAGUCAUCCGGAUGGACCUACCGAGUGCUGGGCUAUCUGCUCUCGCAAAAGCAGCCAAAGAUACCCAAAGACAACUGCACCAUCUUGCCGCUGCACUACUUUGCCGGCUUCAACGGUGUCGGGGAGUGCCGUCUCACCACACAGAACUACAGCUCUGCCUUGAGCCCCGCCUUUCUGAUUGAUGACUACGAUUGGCGGUCGGGCAACUACUCUACAUGGACUGAAUCCACCUGGUCGCUGUUUAGUGCACGCAUCUUCCUGCGUCCGUCCAAUGUGCACCAGGUCACAACGCUCAGUGUCGGCAUAGUGGUGCUCAUCGUCUCCUUCUGCGUGGUGUACAUCAUUAGCUCGCGCUCGGAAGUCCUCUUCGAGGAUCUGCCGGCAAGCAAUGCCGCAUUGUUUGGUUGAGGUUGAACAACUGCCACAGCGACGUCAUCAUCAUGUUGAGCGACUCAUUCCCAAAAUAUCUGCAUGCUAAACUUUAUUCGACUGAAGUUUUAAGAGUAGUUAGCUAUUAAUCGGUCGAUCGAACCACCUUCUCUUUGACACGUGUGUGCUCUUCUAGGUUACCGCCCCCGACGGCCUGUUAGUCAGCGGAUCGCGCGCGCAGCCAGAAGAUCUAGGCAUAAGGAAGUCAUGGGUAAAGCAUCCACUGAAAGUGAUCUGAAAAACAUCUAACGAAAAGACACUAAAUGAUAUUCUAAUUCGUAUAAUUUAAACCAUUAAGUGAACAUUUAUUUGUAUGUAUUUUUGUAUUUUAAACGAGUAAAUUAGCCUUUAGCGACUAUUUUGUAUCAUA